GAGCUCCGGCUUGUCGCGCUGUAAUGACGUGUCACACCGGUGCCCAGACACAAACAGAGGGAUAGGCUGAUUAUUGGUGGUCGCCGAGUGCGACUGAAGCCCAGUAUGGCCGGGAUAUACGCCCGGAGCUGGCCCUCACUAUUCCGGCUUUACAUGCGCUGUGCUGGGACGAGGUGUAGCGGUCACGGUUGGCAAAAUGCACUGGAAAGCAAAGGACUUCUAUAUUUUCUGCCAUCAAGCUACUUGCCUAUUCAAGCACAUAUUCGGCUUUAUUCUUCCAGUGAUCAGAAGGAAGACGGUGGAUCCAAAGGAACCAGUGCAGCAAGUUCCCCUGAAAAAUCUAUGGCAGGACUGGAUCCUAGCAAACCUGAACAAAAAAGCACUUUCCCUCCAGAUCCUAUUCAAGUUAAAGUGAAGGCAGUCUUAAAGAAGAGAGAGUAUGGGACAAAAUAUAUGAAGAAUAACUUCAUCACUGGGGUGAGAGCUCUGAACGAAUUCUGCCUAAAGCCUAGUGACUUGGAGUCAUUGCGGAAAAUCAGGCGCAGAAGCCCCCAUGAUGAUACUGAAGCGUUUACAGUAUAUCUGAGGUCUGAUGUGGAGGCAAAAGCCUAUGAGGUAUGGGGAAGUCCAGAAGCCAUUUUCAGGGAACGAAAAAUGAGAAAAGAGGAAGAGAUUGCAUAUAGAGAAAAUUUAUUUAGGAACCAGAAGCUGUUAAAAGAGUACAAAGACUUUCUAGGGAACACCAAGCCUCGGUUAAGUACGACUAACAUGUUCAUGAAAGGACCUGGGAAAGUUGUGAUAGUCGCAAUUUGCAUAAAUGGGUUGAACUUCUUUUUUAAGCUGCUUGCAUGGGUGUACACGGGUUCUGCAAGCAUGUUUUCAGAAGCCCUCCAUUCCCUAGCCGAUACUUUGAAUCAGGCAUUGCUGGCCUUGGGUAUCUCACAGUCUGCAAGGACACCUGACCCUGGACACCCGUAUGGCUUUACAAACAUGCGCUACAUUGCUUCCUUAAUCAGUGGUGUGGGCAUUUUCAUGAUGGGCGCAGGCCUUUCCUGGUACCACGGUAUCAUUGGUUUGCUUCAUCCACAGCCAAUAGAAUCUCUGCUUUGGGCCUAUUGCAUCUUAGCCGGCUCACUUGUGUCUGAAGGAGCCACACUUCUAGUAGCAAUCAAUGAAAUUCGGAAGAGUUCCAGAGCCAAAGGACUAUCUUUUUACCAGUACGUGAUGCAGUCCCGUGAUCCAAGUACCAAUGUGGUUCUGAUGGAGGAUGCUGCUGCAGUUUUAGGACUGGUAAUGGCUGCCUCCUGCAUGGGUUUGACCUCACUUACUGGAAACCCACUUUAUGACAGUUUGGGGUCAUUGGGUGUUGGAACACUACUAGGAGCUGUAUCAGCCUUCCUUAUCUACACUAACACUGAAGCACUAAUUGGAAGGUCAAUACAACCAGAUCAAGUGCAGCGUCUCACCGAACUCUUAGAAAGUGAUCCUGCAGUGAGAGCAAUUCAUGAUGUUAAAGCCACCGACAUGGGAAUGAGUAAGGUUCGUUUCAAGGCAGAAGUUGAUUUCGAUGGUCGAGUUGUUACACGAUCUUACUUGGAAAAACAGGAUAUUGAUCUGGUGUUAAAUGAAAUCCGUCAGGUGAAGACAGCAGAGGACUUAGAAGCUUUCAUGCUUAAGCAUGGUGAAAAUAUUAUAGACACGCUAGGAGCUGAAGUAGACCGGCUUGAAAAAGAAUUAAAGCAACGUAAUCCAGAGGUACGACAUGUAGAUCUGGAGAUUUUGUAGGACAAGAGGAAUCUCGUUCAAUAUACAAUGGUGAAGCAAAGACUCGUUUGAAUGUGCGCGUGCUCGCUUUAUGACUGUGCUGUAAAUCCAUGCUGACUGCCAGCUAUGACUGUGUCAUACGCCGUAGUUACAAGUACAUCUUACAUGUAAUAUUUCUUUCCAGGCAUCUCUGUGGAACUAAAGAAAAUUGUGAUUCUGCCUCGCUGACCCACGUUGUUUUAUUUCAUUCCAUUACAUGUAUAUCUGUCUCCUUUUUUUACUUGCUUUUCCAGAACAAAAUAGCCAUAGGCAACUUCAGAGGCUUAUACUCUGGCACAAUUACGACUCUGUAUACCACCUAUAACUGACCUCUAUAGGGAAGGCUGGGAAUUAUAGUUUAGCCACACCUGCAAUAUCAACCAUUGCCUGCAACAGGUAACAGGAGCAAGGCUCACUCCAUUUCUGCUAACCCUGUUAUUAACAUAACCAUAGUAAGCCAGCACAUACUACUUUCUAUUUGUUGCUAUAGGAUACUAGACCUGACGCCAAAUUUGAACUAUGCAAACGUGGUUGUUUAUUUUUUGGAUAAGAAAAAAUGUUUCUGCUGAAAAUAUGAUUGAUAUGAUGUUUUAAUAUGUCAUAUUUUUCUCAAAAUCCCACUUGUUCAGGUUUGGUGCAUCUGAUAGAAACUGAGGAAUUAGCGGAACAGUUUUUAUUUUAUGUUGGUAUUUGCACUGCACAUUUAAUAUUUUAUCCCAAACAGCCGAACAACUAGAUCAGCCUGCAGUGCUAGUUAUAUAAUGUAUGUGCACUAGUGCAGUAGCCCAUAGCAACCAAUAAGACUUUGCACCAAGCAAGUCAGAGCUAAUUGAUUAUUGGAUCAGUAGGUAUGGGGUUACACAGUGGUGCAAUAGUUCAGUACCGUAGAUAAGUUGGUAAAUGAGCCAUUGUGUUUCUUAUGCUGGAGUUGGAUCUUUAGUAAGUUGCUAUGGGCAUAUGAGCAGCUCUCCAUCUCAGUACCCUGUUAAACGUACUACUAUAUAUUUAUAAUUUUACAUAUGGGAGAAUAUAUUUUUAAUUUAUUGAUAAAUGGCAGUUUAAUCCAUUGAUGUCUGAAUGCUCUUUGUAACAAAACAAAUAAAAGAAAAACGAUGAA